ACCAUUCCGGAAAAGGAAGGCGAUGAGAAAAAUAACUGCUCUGCUAUCAACGACAGCCCGUACUUUUGCUUAGAACUGGCGGACGAUGUAUCGGUACUGUGCAUAAACAUCAAAAAUAAUGGUUUACGCAUUAAAUAUAAAUUUUCCGCUGUUCCAAAGCACGAAAAUAAUUUUUUUCAGGACAACAAACUUUACGAAAUGCUUAGUCGUUUGCUAAUGCGCACCGCUUUGCCCAUUGAAUUUUCGAAUAUCAAAUUCAAUUAUUUCGACGUUACAGAGUAA